AUGGGAAGCGCAGAAGCAGCUCUGUCGAAUCCUUUUCAAGAUGUCCCUGCCGAAAGCCUUGAGAAUCUAAUGGCUCAAUUCCGCGCCGACGAAAAUCCCAAUAGAACCGAUCUACUGGUAGGCGUAUACAAGACUGAUGAAGGGAAAGCAUAUGUGCUGCCCAGUGUGUACGAGGCCAAAAAGCGAAUUUUCAAUGACCCGGAUUGGCAUCAUGAGUAUCGUCCAUCCGCCCUGGGCUCUCAGAACUACAGGGACUUAAGCAAUAAGUUGCUGUUUGGUGCUGACCAUCGGCUUCUUCAAGAAAAGAGAAUCGUUACAACGCAGACACUCGGCGCCAGUGGAGGAUGCCAUGUCGGUGCUGUACUAUUAAAAAGCCAAUAUGGACCAUGGAAACUGACCGGGAAUCCACAAAUAUUUCUCCCAAGUGAGACCUGGUUGAACCAUCCCUUUGUUUUCAAGUCCGCUGGGAUCGAGCCCAAGUUUAUUCCUUAUUUCGACAACAAGAACAACAAAUUCGAUUUUGCAGCCUUUACAGCAGCCAUUCAAUCUUUACCCGCUCAGUCUGUUGUUCUUCUCCAAUCUGGAGCACAGAAUCCGACUGGUUGUGAUCCUUCAUCCGAGCAGUGGCGGGAACUCGCCUCGAUAUUUUCCCAGCGCGGUCACUUAGCGUUCUUUGAUGCGGCGUAUCCGGGAUUUGCCUCCGGGGACAUUGACGCAGAUCUUGCAGGAGUACGAUUAUUUGCCGAGCGCGAAAUACCUCUCAUUUUUGUCUCGACCUAUGGGAAAUCUUUCGGGUUAUAUAGCGAACGUGUUGGAGUUCUCUCGAUCCUGGUGCCAGAUGAAGAGGUGGGGAGGAGGAUGGAAACUCAGCUGAGGCUUUUGGCUCGAGCUGAGUCCGGUGCGCCUCCUGAUUUUGGAUCCAAGAUCGUUGAAACAGUCUUGUCGGAUGAGGCUCUAAGAGACCAGUGGCGGGAGGAACUGCGCGAUAUGGCGGAUGGACUCAAACGUCGCCGGCUUGCACUGCGAGAAGGGCUGGAAAAAUUGGAUACUCCAGGUGACUGGCAGCAUCUCACUGAUCAAAACGGAAUGUUCUCAUACGUUGGGAUUUCUGAAGAGCAGGUUGCUCUCCUCCGAAACAAGUACCAUGUGUAUCUUCAGAAUACUGGAAGAAUAUCUAUCGCAGGCCUUAAUCAAUUCAACAUCGACCAUACAGUUCGCAGUAUUAGUGCUGUUGUCAAAGCGCUGCCAUCAAAUUGA